UACUGAUACAAACCUCUCUCCAACUGGUGCUGAUACAAACCUCUCUUCAACUGGUGCUGAUACAAACCCCUCUCCAACCAUACUGAUACAAACCCCUUUUCCAACUAGUGCUAACUAUAUCAUUGUUGAAGAUUCUGAUUCUUCAACAAACUCUAGUUUAUCAAAUAAUGACUUAGAUUUUUUUGAUAAUUUGGAUUUUUCAACUAACUACAUAUUAUUAGAUAACAUUUCGGAUCUGCAUUUAGAUAAUAGUUUGGAUUUGCAUUUAGAUAAUAGUUUGGAUUUGCAUUUAGAUAAUAGUUUGGAUUUGCAUUUAGAUAAUAGUUUGGAUCUGCAUUUGGAACUACAAGCAAAGAUUAUUAUUAAUGUUGAAAGUUCUACAUCGACACCCGCAAAAUGGUUUAAAUUUUAUUCAAAUAGAUUUGAUACAUUUCAUAAUGAUCUUAUGAAACAUAUUCAUAAAUAUCAUAAUAACAAAAUUGAUAAAAAUAAUAUGGAAAUUUCUUAUAAAGUAAAUGGACGAGGUCAUGCGAUGGCAUUAGAUGAUGAAU